AUGAUCAGGGUCGUUGCUAAAACUGUUAUCAGAAUAAAUACACAAUGGAAGUUUUAUUGCACUGUGUCUGGAGGCGUACAAGGAGUUGAAGGGAGAGUGCCGCGUGUUACUCAAAAAUCAGAAAGCACCACCAGCAGUUUGACAAUAACUGAUCCUUACCUAAUUUAUCUUGGUUACAUUCAACAGGGGAUCUUAGAAAAGGAUGAAUCACAAUUACGGGUAAUGAAAGAGUUUCAAAAAUUGUAUCAUCGAGUUCUUGAUUAUACCCCACCAGAAGAAUUACAAAUACAGUUGAGCCUUAUCUUGCGACAAAUAGAAGUAAACCAAGCCAAGCAGACUGAUCGCAACAAUAAGUUCUCUCCUAUGAGAUUGUUUAAACAAGAUCCUGAACUCAAAAGGAAGCAGUUAGUGAGAUACAUUACUGAUGAAGAAGAACUACAGAACUUUGCAUCUCCCCAGGGAUUGUUGAUUAAUGGCGAAGUUGGUUGUGGAAAAUCCAUGUUAAUGGACAUUUUUGCUGCAUCUUUACCUCAUAAGUCCAAGAUGCGUUGGCACUACAAUAACUUUAUUUUGUGGGUUUUCAGUGAAAUGCACAAAAUUCAGCAACAGCGAAUGCUUCAAGUUGGUCUGCAAAAAUAUACAAUGGAGAACGAGUUUUUACUAUAUGAAGUUGCCCAGAAGAUGGUUCAAAAGAAUUCUAUUUUGAUGUUGGAUGAGUUUGUUUUACCCGAUAUUGCAUCUGCUAAUAUUAUAAAAAUAUUGUUUACGUUUUUCUUCAAAUUAGGAGGUGUUUUGGUGGCAACAUCAAAUAAGUUACCAGAAGAAUUGUAUUCAACCGAUUUCAGUAAGCGCAAAUUUAAGGAUUUUGUGGGAAUAUUGAAUAUGAGAUGUCAAUCAAUCGAUAUGAAAUCCGAAAAGGAUUACCGCACUUAUUUUGCUAAUGAAUCUUCGAAAAUUCUGUAUUUGGUGACUAAAAAAGAUAAUCCGGAAAAUGAUAAACAUUGGCUAAAACUAUUAAAAGUUGAGGCCUUGGGUAUCCCACCAGAUUCACCUUUACUUGAUAGUAGAGUUUCCUUAGAAGAUUUAGGAGACGGGCCAUCUUCUGUGACAGUUUAUGGUAGGGUUACUAAUAUACCUUUGUCAUUUAACAACCACAGUGUAUGCUAUUUGGAUUUUAAGGACAUAUGUCAGGGGUUAUAUUCAUCCUCCGAUUACAUAACUAUUGCAUCUACAUUCAAAUGUAUUGUAUUGGAUAAUGUUCCAGUGAUGACAACGAAAAUGAAAAACGAUGCACGAAGAUUCAUCACUCUUUUAGAUGCAAUUUAUGAGUCUCGGUGUCAGUUUUUUAUGAGAAGUGAUAUUGAUAUAGAUUAUCUUUUCUUCCCUGAUGUUUUGCAUUCGGAUAAUAAGGAAUUGAUGGAUUAUGUGAAAAGUGUGCAACACAAAAGUGGCAACGAGAAUAUCAUGGAGGUUCAAGAUGAGGAAAUGUUUGCUCGUACUUCAAUAGAUAUGAAUAACCCAUACCGUCCCAAUAUAUCUACUUACGAUCAAUCGUAUACUAAAUCAUUUGAUGAUUUCAAAACUGUGCAGAAAGAGAAUAUAAACAAUGAAUAUGUGAAUACCAGAGCUUUUACAGGUGACGAUGAAAAGUUUGCAUUCAAACGAGCAGUAUCUAGAGUCAAGGAAAUGGUUGCCUCUGAAAGUUGGAGACUUGAUGAUCGUUGGGUGCCACUAGAUCAUACUAUGAGACCAUGGGAGUCACCAACUGUAGAGAGCAACAACAAAGCAAAAAAUGUAGACGAUUUGGCCACAGAGGGAAACCAAAAGCUAGAUAAAUUAUUGGAAGAAAAGGGGAUAAAAAGUAUUACGUUGGAGAUAGCAGAAACAUUACCAAGGGAAUACUCAUUGGGCCAGGGGGUUCUGUUUAGACUAUUGAAUUCCCGGAUUGCUCCGAUCUUUGAUAGUUUACAACAUUAUUGGGCUAUGGGGAAAUGGUCUCCUGAAAACGGGAAAAGGUUGAAAGAUUCAAUCGCCAGAAGCUGGAUACGAUCAAGCAUUCGAAAGAAAUAG